AUGCACGUCAAUGCGCCGUCGCCUGACGUUAGUCACCCCAAACUUGGCGAGCCACAAUUCCAAUCACAUUCCUGGGUCGAGCCCAUUAUUGUCAUCAGCAUCAUGGUCGGCUCACUUGUCAUAAACCGGCGCCGCAACUUCUGCAUCUGGGAGAAGCAAAGAACAUGGGAAACUGAGGAUCAAGUCAACGGAAGUCCUCCAUAUUUUCCACUGGUCGCUACUGAUUGCUCGUCGCAAUAUCAGCCCAAUCCACGGGAAGGGCGCAUCGUCUGUGGGGUUUUUAUCAAAAAUCUAGACUCAUCCCGGUGGGCACAUCACAUCCACAGCCGGGUCAUGCAGAAAUUCCCUUUUCUGGUCGAAAUGUUCUACUGGGCGAUCAAUUACCUGUUUUAUUCAAUCACCAAGGCGACUUCACAAUGGCUAUCGCCUGCAAGUAUAGGCAUUGUCCAGGUGGCCCAGGAUCACGGCAUCAGUAUAAUGAACUUCGAACAUCGAUCAAUAUUUCGCUUCAUAUUUGCAAUCGAAGAAGUCGAAUUUCAAGCCUUUUUCGUAAACAACCACCCUGCUGUGAUGACAUUUUUCAAUCGGGUCUACUCCCUCAUACAUAUCCCAGGGUCCGUCUUAUUUCUUUCAUGGUACUAUCAUGCUGCACCGGACCACAAUACAUUUAGCAUUGUUCGACGCACCAUGACCUUGGGUAAUUUCGCCGCGUUUCUAACAUUUUGCAUCUACCCCUGCAUGCCCCCACGCCUGUUACCCAAAUCCUAUCGGUUUUACGACACUGUUCGUCAAGAGCAAGCCGAAAGCAUUUGGGUUAGCGGGAAGUCUGUGAAUCAGUUCGCUGCCAUGCCCAGUCUGCAUUUUACUUAUGCUUUCGUUAUUGGCUGGACCUUUAUUCAUCAUUCUGGAGUCUUGCGGUUAUUACGGGGCCGAAAGAGUAAUAAACCACUAUCGACGCAGAUCCUUUUUGUUUCCCUGGCCAUUGUUUAUCCUUGCAUUGUCUUAUCGGUUAUUGUUGCUACAGCAAACCAUUAUUGGCUGGAUGCCGUGUGUGCUAUGUUGACAGUUACUGCGUGUUUUGCGGGUAACAGGGUUCUUCUCAUGCUGCUACCAGUUGAGUUUGGUAUUUGUUGGGCAUUAAAAAUUAGCAAACCUACUCCAAGCACGGGGUACCUGACUAACAAGGAUUAUAGGAGGAGAGGACGGGCGCAGUCGUUCCAAUUUGGGGUAUAA